AUGUCAUAUACAGACAGUGAGAGUGUGUGUCAGCGAACUAUGUCUGAUGAUCCUGACAUUGAAGCUUCUCUGAAUGCUGAACUUGGCAUUGGCAUUAAUGAAAACCACUUUUCACAGCCAGAAGGCUGGUUUGGUCUGACGUCCGAAGAGGAACUGCAAUUGGCUAUUAAUCGAUGUAAGGACUUGAUCUUGGAGACUCCAGAGAAGUCUGAGAGAAGAUCCUUAUUGGUGAAGAAAUUGGUUCAGCUCCGCUUGAGGCUUCAGGAAUUACAAGAUGGAGUAGUUCUUCCUCCUGAAACAAAGCUUGUUCUUGGUCAUCGAAUGGAGAAACAGAAUUCCAUCAGGACAGGUCAUCUGUAUUGUGAACACUGUUGUCAUCUUAUCUGGGGCUUGGUGUCCCACUGCAUGCAAGACCUCAAUGAUGUGGUGAAUGGAACACUGGUGGAGUGGCUGGAGUCUGUUUGUGGGAAGUUUCAAUCUCACAUCAUGCAAGAGUGUGAAGGCUGUCAUGGCCGUGGGCACAUCUACAUGCAAGACAGUAAUUAUGAGUUCCUGGAUAUGAGGGACACAUCCAAAUCAAGUGAAACUGUUCAUCUUGUGCACUCUCACAUUGACAACAUUGAAAAAGUCCUCCAGAAAAUAAGGACUAAGUCUCUAACCCAGCUUCCUCUGCAACAGAGUUUGCCAAAUGGUAGAAGGACAAACAGCAAAAGGAGCUCUUCAUCCACUUCCCAUGCUCUCAUGAAAACCCAUGCUGGCAUAGAGAGGGAUGGGAAUUCAGAACUGGGCAUGCUAAUUUCUGAGUUGCAGGAUAAUGGAGAUCCCAUUAUCAUGGCCUGGCUUCCAACUGAUGAGGAUGUGACUUCUUGGGGUUACCUGGAGCCUAAAGGCAGAGCAACAGCCAGAAGACUUGCCUUGUUUCUGGUCAACCUGGGCAAAAAUGUGACCACAAGAACCACCAGAGCCAAGGCUGGGGUUGAGACAGCUUCAGCCACUAUGUGUGACUGCAAACUUGCAUAUGCAAUGUGCAAUUGUCCAUCUGAGCCACCCUUGGGAUUCAGUGGAGUUGGGAUUAGUAGAGGGGAAGGGGACUGCACCUGUGGAGGAAGGCCAGCCUGCACCUGUCCUUGUGCUAUCCAAUAUAGAUCCAAGCAGAGUACUGAGCAGUCAGCCUUGGUGUUCACAAUGCCAGAGAAUGGUGACUGCUGCAGCUAUGAUGGAAAACACAAGGACUAUACCUUCCCUUGUGAUGCAACUCAUGUUCCUAGGGCUGUACCGAUGUAUUGGCUAACACUGGUAUUGGCCACUGAUGUUGGACUAUUGGCCACAUCAGCCAUCGGCAGGUUUGGAACCAGCCGGUGCCAAUGUUCAAAGAAGAACAUGCUGAAUGAGGAAAAAGAAAAAAAAUACCACGUGAAUGGGGCUCGGGCUGCAAAGCUGGCAUGUUGUGCCUUGUGUGUUGGACUGCUGGCUCUGUUUCUAUCUGUGGUUGCUCUCAUGCUCCUCCAUGCUCAUCACAAGACAAUUGAAAUCGAGCAGAUUGUAAGACAUUGGAAUCCAUCUGAAGGUGUUCAAGCAUUGUCUGGUUUGGUGGACAUUGAGGGCCACCCCAUUUGCCCUCCCAAUACCAUGCUGCACAUAAAGAGAAAUCCCGAUGAUACAGAGGAUUUGUCCCCCCAACUAGCACCCCCUAUUGAGGAACCACCUCUAUCCACAUCAUUUGUGAAAAAUCCCAUGCUGAUCUCCACAGAGCAGGCCAUGAAACCAGCAUACUUUUCCAGAUUCUUGAAAUCAAUGCUGAGGGAUGAGAGUCAUGAGGAUGAUGCUUACUCCCAACAAAACAUGGAUGACACAUACUCCUGA